UAGCAACUAUAUCAACCGUCCAUUUUUGCCGUCUAUGGGAAUCUUCGCUUUAUCUUUUUUAACUUCACACUCCAAACCCUUCUCUCCUUUUGCCCAUAUUACGAAAGCAAGAGAUCUCAGCUUCAGCCAUAGCAGCAGAAGGAGUAACUAGAGACAGAAAAAUGGCAAAGGAUAGGAAAAUAGGUGUGGCCAUGGACUUCUCAAAGAGCAGCAAGACCGCUCUGAAAUGGGCCAUAGAUAAUUUGGCCGACAAAGGUGACACCUUUGUCAUCAUCCACAUCAACCCCAACUCCCUGGAUGAGUCUCGUAACCAGCUUUGGGCCAAAUCUGGCUCUCCUCUUAUUCCUUUGGCGGAGUUCAGAGAGCCCGAGGUUAUGAAGAAUUAUGACGUUCAGACAGAUAUCGAACUCCUUGAUAUGCUUGAUACUGCUGCGAGACAGAAAGAGGUGAGCGUUAUUACAAAACUGUACUGGGGAGAUGCUAGGGAGAAGCUUGUAGAAGCCGUUGAAGAUCUGAAGCUGGACUCUCUGGUUAUGGGAAGCAGAGGACUUGGCACCAUCCAAAGGAUCCUGCUGGGGAGUGUGAGCAACUAUGUGAUAACCAAUGCUCCUUGCCCUGUGACUAUCGUCAAGGAUUCAAGCUCUGUCCAGCCCUGAUUUUGUCAUUGGCUUUUUGGUCUUGAGGGCUCUUUAAUUACCAUUACCAUCAGCAGUGCUCCUCCUUAUUUCCCCCACACCCCCCCCCCCCCCCCCCCCCCCCCCUCCUCUCUCUCUCUCUCUCUCUCUCUCUCUCUCUCUCUCUCUCUCCCCCCCCUUUCUAAGCAUGUCUACCUGAGUUUAAAGUACAUUUAUAUGUAUUCCUCUGAUCUCAGUCAUAAAGAAUAUUGUAGUUUGAUAAAA